AGACAGUGAUUAUUCACCGGUUCCUCCCAAUUUAUUACAUUAUUCUCAAUUGAUUGCAAUAGGAGAUGAAAUUGCGUGUGGUUCUACCAACCUCCGUAGGAAUUCUUAGAAGGAAUAUUUAACCAUAUAGGCACCCUAAAGUGUUAGAGAGAUAGUAGCUGAGGCAUUAAAAGUGUGUAAAUUGUUCUUCUACAGAAUUUGUGAUUCUCAGGUGACCCUCCAUGGCAAAAUUCCUCCAGAUGAGGAAAGUUUAAGUAAUCAUUUCAUUGCAGUUUUGCUCAGUUUAAUGUUUGAACUGUUUUAGAGUGAAAUAGCCAGCAGGCUCUUAAGAAAUGACAGUGAGCUGAAGCUCUGUUCAUGCACAUUUUCUUCAUUUAUCUUUAUAAACUAACUGACAGUAGGGUUCCUUGGCUGAGGGAAAGAAGAGUAGGAGUUUUCAAUCUCACUUAAAGGGAAAACUGAAAUGAUGUGUUUGGUUCUCUGUGACUUAUAGAUUUCUUGUCCACAGCACUCUGCACAUCUUCUUUCAUUCUUUCCUUUUUGUAAUGUUUUACUCAAGAAAGAUUACCUAAAUAAAGUGUAGAAAGUAAGGACAGUACAGGUGGAUCUCGAGAUGUUUUGGUUGCAAAUCAGAAAAUCCUGGACCCCCAGGUUGGUUCUAAUGAAUGUAACAAAAGGGGGUGUCUGAUUUGGGGUGUCUUUUAUAUUUUUUUCAGAAUGUCAGUCCAUGAUAGGGGAAAAUGUCAAACCUGCAUGGUUUCCACUGGCUGUUCCAAUCACUCAUCUCUGCAGGGUGCUAUACUGAGGUAGUUUCUUGGUUUGUAAAACAUCUGAUAACACAGUGUAAUCGUUUCAUGGAGAAAUCUCCGAUGUAGAGCAUCCUGUCAGAGAAGGAAAAGCUUGGGUUGGUCUAUGUUUACCGAGUAAAUCAGCAUUGCAGCUCCUCUGAAAUAAUGCAGCUAGAAACAGUCCAAGAGUAGCUUCAGAUCAUGCCAUCGAAGGAAAGUCAAAACCAGGAACAAAUAACAGAAAACAUGGCAAGUACAUCAAGUACUAGAUAGCUCUCCCCUCUCUCCUUCUCCAACCCCACACCUAAUGUCUUUGUCGAUAAGGGUUUCGAAAUGAAACCCCAAGGGUCAUUCAUGGCGGAAUUCUGCAAUUCUGCCUUGACAGUAAUAGCACUUCCUGAAGUCAAAUGGGACUUUUUGCCUAAGGAUGAGAGAACAUGUGCAGGGAUAAAACUUCAAAGAUAAUCAAGUGAGUUUAGGAGGAGCCCAGUGAGACACUGGAGAAGUCUGGUUUUUGGUGUGGGAAAACCAAAUCUUAAGCCGGCAAAACUCAAAACUCUGCCACCCUACUGUUGAGCUUCCUCAAAUUAAGCAAAAUGCAAGGUUAGUACAGAUCCAUGAGUUUAAAGCUUCCGUACCGACAGGAUUGGAAACGUUUUCUCCGAACAAAACAUGUUAUCCUAAAGUUUCUAAUAUGUGGUUCAUGAGCUGUAUCUACCCAGGCAAACAGAAAUGGAGACUUAAGGUUGAUGAUGACCCGUCACACCAUCUAAAAGAACAGCAUGGAGACUGGUAUUCUGAACUGUUAAUGGGGACAUGGGACUCUCGUCUUUGAUCGGUUGUGUGGAUUUUACCCGUGAAGAGCGACAGAAGGAGCUGAAAAGACACCGAGAGCUACAGCAGAAAAUCCACACUCACGACUGCCCGGCCUGGUCGUUGUAAUUUCCGUCUGGGACAAUGUCCGAACAAGGUGAGCUGACCCCGGGAACAGGGGAAGAAGCUGGAAGCGAGCGGGACACAACACUCCCAGAGAAUGGCAUCAUCAAUAAGUCGGAAUGCUUGGAUGAAGAGGAGAGGCUGGAAUUGCAGAAACAGCUGGAUGCUCAGAACCAACAGAGAAGGAAAUCUAAGUCAGGAGCGGGAAAGGGCAAACUGACCCGGAGUCUCGCAGUCUGUGAAGAAUCAUCCUCUCGGCCAGGAACAGAGGGGCUUCAAGAUCAGGAAUCCAUUCAGUUACAACUUUCCAGAUUCCCAAGCCUACAAGAAGAUGAUAAAUCUAGUAAAGAUGACCUUGAGAAGGAAAAAGAAAAGGAUAAAAACAAAGAAAAAGAUAAAAGCUCUGAAAAAGCCAAGAUAAGAAUGUUAUCAAAAGAUUGCAGUCAAGAAUACACAGACUCUACAGGCAUAGACUUGCACGAGUUUCUGGUAAACACAUUAAAGAACAAUCCCAGGGACAGAAUGAUCCUAUUGAAAAUGGAGCAGGAAAUUAUUGAUUUCAUCGGUGACAACAAUAAUCAUUAUAAAAAAUUCCCUCAAAUGUCAUCAUAUCAGAGGAUGCUGGUUCACAGAGUAGCAGCGUACUUUGGAAUGGAUCAUAAUGUGGAUCAGACUGGAAAAUCUGUUAUAAUCAACAAGACCGGCAAUACUAGAAUACCAGAGCAAAGGUUUUGUGAACAUUUAAAAGAUGAAAAGUGUGAAGAAUCCCAGAAGCGGUUUAUCUUGAAGCGAGAUAACUCUAGUAUUGAUAAAGACGACAAUCAGCAAAACAGAAUUCAUCCAUUUAGAGAUGACAGACGAAGUAAAUCAAUUGAAGAGAGAGAAGAGGAGUAUCAGAGAGUAAGGGAGAGAAUAUUUGCACAAGAUUCAGUUUGCUCCCAGGAAAGCCUUUUUGUGGAGAACAGUAGGCUCUUGGAUGACAAUAGCAUAUGCAAUGAAACCCAUAAGAAAAGACAGCUAUUUAGGGGUAAUCGAGAUGGAUCAGGAAAGACUUCCGGCAGCCGGCACAGCAGCACGGAGAAUGAGUGGAAGUGGUCGGAUCACCAAAGGCCAUGGAGCAGCACGGACUCCGAUAGCUCCAGUCGCAACCUGAAGCCGGCCAUAACCAAGACGGCCAGCGUUGGCGGGAUCACUGUGCUAAUGAGGGGAGACAGCUCUUCCAGUAAUAGGAGCAGUGGAAAACUCUCCAAAACAGGUUCUGAGUCUCCCAGCAGCACGGGCUCUUCGGGAUCUCUGUCACGGACCCAUCAGCCUCUCCAAGGGGCACCCAUGGGCCCCGGAGUUCCAGCUGCCACGACAGGAGGCGGGCCUUAUCCGGAGAACAGCCUGGGAGGCCAGGUAGCUCCCGGAAACACCAGCUACAUCUUGCUUCCACUUGAAGCUGCGGGUAUCCCACCAGGCAGCAUCCUCCUCAAUCCGCACACAGGCCAGCCAUUCGUGAACCCCGAUGGUACACCUGCAAUAUACAACCCGCCCAGCAGUCAACAGCCAAUGAGGAGCCAGAUGGUCAGCCAAUCUCAGCAACAGCCUCUGCCCCAAAGCCAGCAGCAGCCUCAGCCUCCUCAGCAGCAGAUGGCAAAUCACCUUCUCCCCCAGCCUGUUCAGGCCAUGCAGCCUUCUUCCCAGUCGGUGCAAUAUCCAGCAGUUUCUUAUCCACCCCAACAUCUUCUGCCACUGUCCCCAACGCAGCAAUACCCAGUGAGAGAUGAGGUGACGACCCAGUUCAGCCAUAUGAGUCUGAGCCGGCAGUCUUCAGGAGACACCCCGGAGCCACCUGCCGGCCCUGUGUUCUCCUCACCGAUUCUGCAGCCUCCUGCCCAGCAGCCUGGCUACGUGUUAGCCUCUACCAACCCGCAGCUCCCUCCAGCAGGCUUCUCUGGCUCCGGGCCUCCCGUCUCCCAGCAAAUCCUCCAGCCUCCAUCCCCCCAGGGGUACAUGCAGCAGCCUGCUUCGGCUCAGAUGUCAGUCUAUUAUUACCCAUCGGGUCAGUUCCCUACCUCAGCCACCCAGCAGUACAGACCCAUGACCUCUGUCCAGUUUAGUACCCAGCGGACUCAGCAGCUGCCUCAAGCCACACAACAACCAGGUUAUCAGCCUGUCUUGUCCAGUCAGCAACAAGGAUUCCAAGGCCUGAUCAGCAUGCAACAGCCUCCUCAGACUCAGAACCUGAUGAAUAAUCAACAGGGAAAUCAGGUGCAAGGCAUGAUGGUCCAGUAUCCAACCAUGUCUUCUUAUCAGGUGCCAAUGACCCAGAGUUCUCAAGGAUUGCCGCAACAGUCAUACCAACAACAGAUCCUGCUUCCCAACCAGUCAGGUCAGGGCACGCUGUCUACCACAGGGAUGCCCGUCUUCUGCAGCGUCAUAUCUCCGGCCUCGCAGAACAACGUGCGGCUAAUGGGUCCCCACUGCCCCGCGGGUAGCAUUCCGGUCAUCUCUGCCAACUGUCGGACAAACUGCGCCAGUAUGAGUAAUCCCGGGUGGCAGGUCAAAUAUUAACAGCCGGGAGGAGCGUGAAAACCCGGGUGGGUGACUCUGCGUUGAUGAGGACGCGUUACCCAAAUCCCUCCAGGUGGAAAGGAGGAGUGUGACAGAAUCAGUUGAGGAUGUAAGGAUUCACAAUGCUCAAAUGAUUGCUGCUGAUAUCUGUAAAAAAAAAAAAAAACUAAUAAUAAAUCAAACGUUUGCUGGUUAAUGGUGCAUAAUCUCGUCAUGUCCGCUAGAUAUGCCUUUAUAGCUUAGCUAGUGACAUGGAUUCAUCAAGGUAAGAUUUUUUCCUACCACUGAACGCCACUGUGUAGAUUGUAAUAUCCCUGAUUUGGAUUAGUUUUGUACUUUGUGUUGAGUUUGUGAAGCUAAAGUAUUUAAAAAAAAUUAUAUAAUAAAACCUCAUGGUACCAAAGCUGUAAUGGAAAAAAUGAAAAAGAAAUGCUGAAUUGAAGGAAUAAUUUAUAUACACUAUAGAGUUUUUUAUGGAUAUAUACUGUAUUGUAGUGUCUAAUCAAAAUAAAACUAUUUGACCUUAUGGAGGAAGGUCAUGUUUCUA